GGAUAGAGACAAAGACAGAGAAAAGGAAAGAGAGAAGCAGAACAAAGAAAGAGAGGCAGAGAAAGAGAAACAAAGAGAAAGGGAAAAGAAAGGACUCCCACCAAUCAAAAAAGAACAUCUCAGUGUGUGCAGUACGACUCUAUGGGUGGGACAUCUGUCCAAGCUGGCGACGGCCGAGGAGCUGUCCGACCUGUUCGGCGCCAUCGGGGGCGUCACCUCCAUCGACGUGGUGGCUCCGCGGGGCUGCGCCUUCGUCGUCAUGGAGAGGCGCCGCGACGCCGCCCGCGCCCUGCAGCGCCUGCACAAGCACAAGCUGCACUGCAAGGAGAUCACCGUGGCCUGGGCGCCCGGGCGGGGGGUCAAAGGUCGCGAGUGGCGCGACUACUGGGAGGCGGAGCUGGGCGCGUCGUACCUGCCGUGGGGCGCGCUGCACGAGCGCUGGACGCACGCCGCGCUGGCGCUGCACGCGCUCGAGGACGGCGGACACGUGGACGAGGACACGCUGCCGCCCUGGCUGCCGCCCAGGAUCCUUCCCAAAACGAUGAUGGAGAUGCCAAUGAUGCCCGUGAUGCCGCCGGUGUCGGGGGCGCCCGGCAUGAUGCCGCCCACCAUGCCCAACAUGGCCGGUAUGCCCCCCAUGGCCAGCAUGCCCAGCAUGCCCGCGCUGCCGCCCACGCCCCUUCCCAACAUACCUCCAGAAUUCCUUGCAGGAGCGAUGUCCCUGGGAGGAGCCAACCCGCUGUCCGUCCCCGUGCCCAGAGGACCGCCCCCCGGGCUAGCAACAACAAUGCCCCCGGGUAUGACUCCGGCAAUGCCACCGGGCAUGAGACCCCCGGGGCUACCGUCCGGAGUACCGGGUCUACCGUCUGGGGCACCAGGGCUGCAGAGCGACGCGGGCAUGGCGUCGGCGGGGCAGCUGCUGCGCCUGCCGCCGCAGAGCUGGGACAGCCCGCCAUGGUGGGCGGCUUCCUGGGCGGCCUGCUGGGCGUGGGCGGCAUGCUCCCCGGGGUGCUGCCGAUGCCCAUGCCGUCUCUGCACCACAUGCACCAGCAGCAGCAACAGCAACAACAGCAGCAACAGCAGCAGCAACAACAGCAGCAGCACCAGCCGCAACAGCAGCAGAACGAGACGAGUGAGGCGGAGGACGCCAUGGAGCUGGACACGGAGGAGAGCCACGCGGACGCGGAGCCGCACGCGCCGCCCUCCAUGCUGCUGCCCGACCAGAUCCAAGCGCUGCUCUCGAAGCCUCCUCCGAACUUCAACGCGUCCGAGCCCCCGCCGACCUUCAACGCAUCAAAGCCCCCGCCCUUCAGCAUCAACCAGCCCCCGCCCUCGGAAGAUAAACUGGACGACGACAAGAAGAGCGACAAGGACAGAGACAAGAAGGACAAGGAGAGGGACAGGGACAGGAGAGAUCGAGACCGCGACAGGCGGGACCGGGACAGGAGGGAGAGGGACAGGGGGGGUCGGGACAGAGACAGGGAACGUGAUGACAGAAGAGAUCGCGACAGAGACAGGGGAAGAGACAGGAGGGACAGAGAUAGAGAUCGCGAGAGAGACAGAGACAGACAACCGUCACGAGAUAACAGCGAUCGAAUAAAGGAGAAAUCGCCUCGAGCCCUGAGCGGCGAGAACGAGAAGUCGUUACAAGAGAGGCUGUGGGAGAUGGCCAACGGCAAGCCCAACGGAGCCGCCGACGACAAGCGAGACUCCGCCGCCGAGGAGCGGCCCCCGCCCGCCGACCGACCCGACGCCGCGCCGCACGCCGACCACCCUGAGCACCCUGAGCACCGUGAGCACACUGCGGACACGGAGCCCCCCCGCGGCUGGAGCGCCGUGCCCCCGCGCGCCGCGCCCCCCGGCCCCCACGGGCCCCUCGGACCGCACCUCGCCCCUCCCUUCCGAGCCGAAUUGAGAAUGAGGGGACCACCAAGGCAGCCGAUGCCAGGACACUGGAUGGACGGUCCAGGACCUUUCGGUCCCAGGUUCAACGGCAUGGGACCACCCUUCAAUCGACCUCCGUUUGAAAGACCUCCUUUCGAGGGGGGCCCUCCGAUGUUUGACGGCCCGCCCCGUUUUGAACGUCCCCCAUUUAAUCGAAUGCCUUUCGAUAUGAAUCGUCCACCGUUCGACGGUUCCCGCCCUCCCUUUGACGGGCCCAGGCCGCCUUUCGACGGACCGAGACCGCCCUUCGACGGUUCCAGGCCGCCCUUCGACGGACCGAGAAUGCCUUUCGACGGAACUAGGCCUCCGUUUGAUGGGCCCAGGCCGCCAUUCGACUGUUCUCGACCGCCGUUUGAUGGCCCAAGGCCCCCCUUUGAUGGCUCCCGUCCCCCGUUUGACGAUUCGCGAUCAUAUGACGGACCACCGUUUGACGGCGACAGAUCUUUCGAAGGACCCCCAGAGUACAGAAACAAUAGAAGAUUCGACGACAGAGAACAGUACAACGAAAGAGGUUGGAACGGGGAAAGGGAGAGGGGAGAUCGCGAGUGGGAGCGGAAGAACGAGUGGGACGACAGGAGACGGGAGCGGCGCGGGCUCCCCAGGGAGCACGACGAGCGACAGCGGGACCGCAACCACGACCGCAGGAGGCAGCACGAGGAGCGCCGCCCGCCGCCGCCCAGGGACGACCUGCCCUCCGUGCCCACGCCCGCCCCGCCCCCCAGGAGGGACAAGGACAGGAAGUCGCGCUGGGGGGCGCCCGACGACACCGCGGCCCCCGACCUGCCGCAACCGCUCGACCAAACCGAGCAGCCACAGCCGGAUGAACCUCUACUCGACCUCGACAACAUAGUCAUGCCUCCCAGCCAGGAGGAGAGCCUCGACACCGACGCGCCUGACGACGUCGAGAACGGAGACGAGUCUAACCUUGAACCUGCGGAACAGCACGAGCCCGGCAGCGACGCCGAGCUCGACGCGGAGCACGACGCCGAGCACGACACGGAGCACGACGCCGACACGCAACACUCGGGCGGAACCGAGCCCGAGGACCACAACGAGCCGCCCAGUGAGAGCGCGUCGACCCUCUACGACGCUAACGACGCUGUGGACACCAGCUUCGCUGCCGCCGUCCCGGAGCAGGACGAGGACUCCAAACCCUCCACUGCGGAGCCGGCGGCGGAGCACAGCGACGCGGCGGAUAUAUUCAGUGAGGAGUCCAAGGAAGAGAGCAGGCAGUCGGCGGCCUGACACCGGCGCCGGUGGAAGGUCGGCUACUUCCAGUGGAAAUGAUUCGGGUGGCGGCCCUGGCUCGCGACGCGCCACGGGCUCCCAGCGCAACGCCAAAGAUUGUUUAAAUUUUAUACACAAAAGAUAAUAUUGAAAUAUACGAGUGCCUUAUUGGUUACCGA